CAUGUGCUGACCUACACCACACACGCUCUACUGAAGAGCAUGGAGGAACGACUGGAACCAGGAGGGCUGGACCGCUGUCUGGACUCACUCGUGGAGGUAUUUAACGAGGAGUUGUUUGGAAAGUUGUCUGAAGAGAAGGAAGUUGAAGGAAUCACCUCCAAGCUGAAGGAGGCGAAGAGCAGCAAGAGUUCCGACUCCUACGAGACGCUGGCCAAGGUCGUUGGCAAGACGUCUCUGGCCAGGCUUGUGCUGCCACUUAAGGAGGUUCUUGACUCCACCCAGAACCUGAAGACGUCCCGUAAGGUUCAAGACGUGCUGUCUAAGAUCGUGAGCGGACUGAUGAAGAACCCGGGUCUCACCCCGGACGCCAUGCUGAUCUUCGCCCACGGACUGGUCACAGAGAGUCUCCCACUCAUCACAGCACAAGUCAAGGCCAAGCUGUCGGCUGCCCCACCCCCUGACCCCCGCCUGCGGCCGGAGAGCUGCCUGAUCCUGCCCCCCACCCCCCAGAGGGCCGGGUCCAAAACUCACGUCAGCAUGAAAACCAACAAACACAUCCUGGUCGAGUUCGGCCUGCAGCUCCUCCACCACUGCAUGAAGCGAGGCCACCUGUCAGCUGGGGAGGUACUGCACCUGCAGAUGUUGGACCCGUUUGUAGCUCAGCUGUACGACUGUCUCAGGUCCAAACAUGUCAAGAUCAUCACCGUGGCGAUGAGGUGCCUUACCUGGUUCCUGAGGUUCCCCCUCCCAUCACUCAAGCAGAAGGUCAGCAAGGUUGCGGCAGAGAUGUUCGUCAUCCUGAAGAAAUAUGGCGGCGCAGGAGGGGCAAAGGGCGAGAACUUUGACCUGGUGGUCACAUGUUUCAAGGCUCUGACCGUGCUGGUUCGUGAUGUGAAGUACUACAGCGUUGACCAGGACCAGCUCAGAGUAUUGCUGCAGUAUGCAGAACAGGACAUCCUGGACUACACACGACAGGCCACGGCUUUUACACUACUCAAGGCGAUCCUGUCACGUAAGCUGGUUGUCCCGGAGAUGCACGACGUGAUGGGGCGGAUUGCGGAGCUGUCAAUCAAGUCUGAGCUGGACAACGUCAGGGUGCAGUGCAGACAGGUGUUUGGAAAGUUCCUGAUAGACUACCCCCUGGGGAAGAAGCUGCACAGGCAUCUUGAGUUCUUCGUGAGACAGCUGAACUAUGAUCUGGAGGCCGGGCGGGAGUCUGCACUGGAGAUGAUCGCUACCAUCUUCUCAUCAUUCCCUCAGAACCUUUUGGAGGAGUACGCAGCCUUCUUCUUUGUCCCGCUGUCCAGUCGACUCAUCAACGAUGACUCGGCAAAAUGUCGCAAGCUGACCGCUCUGGCCAUCAAGUCCCUGCUGGGCAAAGUGGGCAUCCCCGCCAGAGACAGCCUGUUCACCAUCACAAUGCAGUGGUUCCAGGAUGACAACAAGAUCCUUCACCAGAGACUUGCUGCCCAGCUGUGCAGCCUGUUUGUGGAGGAAGAGAAGCUGCAGUUCGAGCGCAGGCUGCCAGAGGUCCUUCCUCAGAUGUUGGAGGUCAUUGACCCCGACAGAUAUGAGGCAAUGUCUGCUGAGGAGAUGACCCAGCAGCUGAGACAGGAGGACCACCUGUUGUACAGCGCCCUCUCCUGUCUGGUCAAGGUACUGCAGGAAUGUGCCAUUGUCAUCAGAGGGGUGGAAAACAGGAAGGAUCUGAACACAGUCUGGGCCUCCCUACAGCAGCAUCUCCUCCACCCCCAUGCCUGGGUCCGACUGGCCUCGGCUCAGCUUUGGUGCUUGUCGCCACUGAUCCCAGCCUCCCUACAGCAUCACCUCCUCCACCCCCACGCCUGGGUCCGGCUGGCCUCCGCUCAGCUGUUUGGCUGCCUCUUUGCUGCCUGGAAACCCGAGGAGCUGGUUACCACGGCAACAGAUGAAGACAACAAAACUCCAAAGAAGAAGAAGAGGAAAGUGGAGGAAGAAGAAAACAUUGUGGAAUAUCUGAGGGACAACACUAUGCAAAAGCUGCGAGAUCUGUCAGCUGACUUCUGCACCCAGCUGCAGUCGUCUUACCUGGACCACGACCUUGCCAACCAGGUCAUCAAGAACCUCGUCUUCUUGGCCAAGGUCGUCCGCCAGGUCACUCCUGACACCGCACAAACUGAUGAUGUCACCGACGGAAACGGAGAUGUCACCACACAAACUGAUGAUGUAGAUGAACCAUCUUCAAAGACCAGUGGUAGAAAAAGAACUAAACCUGCUUCAGAUGGAAAGAAAGACAAUAGAACUGGGAACACGGGUAUUGAUGAUGUCAGUGCAACAGGAAGUGAUGAAAGCACAUUAACUGAUGACAGGAGAGUGACAGUUUCGCUGAUGUGGCUACUGAGGAGGAUGAACCGACUGGCUAAAUUUGAAGCAGCGACGGCGCCUAAAGAAACCAUCAAGCGCUCCUCCGUCAUCAAGUUCCUGGCGGCCGUUGCCAUGGAUCUGGGGGCUUCUGGGAUUGGUCCGUACCUGACCUUCCUGAUGACCCCUGUGCUGAGGGAGGUCAACAAUGCCACACCACAAGCAGAUCCUGAGCUGAAGAAACUGUCUCAAGACGUCCUGGAGCUCCUGAAGACGCAGGCAGGUGUUCAGCUGUUCUCGCAGGUGUACGCCCAGGUGCAGCACACAGGUGUGGCCAGGAGGGAGGCCAGGAAACGGAGACAAGCUGUGGAGGCGGUGGCAGAUCCCAAGGCGCACGCCAAGAAGAAGAUUGCCAAGAACCUGGCCAAGCAGCGGGCCAAGAAAAGGAAGAUUGAAGAAAAGAGGCCAACUAAGAAGAAGAAGAUUCGCCUGGCAGACUUGGCCAUUCUUCAGUAGGACGUGUCCUUGUGAUGUCAUCAGUGAUGUCAUCAGUGAUGUCAUCAGUGAUGUCAUCAGUGAUGUCAUAAGUGCACUAGCAGCCAUAUUGGUGUCUACAUUUUGCAUUUAAGUGACUCAUUGCUCUAGCCUGGGUACCAUCCGUAAUGUAAUUCGCUCUGGCGUUCCUUAUAUACUAUAUACACUCAGUCGCUUCUACGUCUGAUGUGCAUUAUACACUAUACAUCGUCACUUCUCUGCUGUUCUGUCUGGAAACCCUGACCAUGAUAACAUCUGGAAUCGUCCAAAUUUCGGAAGCAGGCACUGAUUGGUCUCCACAUAUGAGCGAAUUAUGAAAUGGGUUCAAGCGCUCGUUCGAACAGACGUUCCGUCCGCUUGCCGGAGGCCUGUUGUCAUCGAACGAACGCUCUAGAACCCAUUCC